ACAAUCCAACUUGAAUGAAAAAUUAUUGUUGAUGGGAAUCCUAUCUGUUGCCAUUCCGGAACUAAUAUCUUCUCGAUCUUUUUGGGCUCUGAGAACUUGGGAGGAGAUUGGCAUCUCAAUCCAACUUGCACGAUUUUUGCUGUGACCAUGGAUAUUGUUGGGGCUAUUCUUGGGGUGCUAAAUUUACCGUGGAAGUCCCUUGGCAGACAGGUCUCUUAUCUGCAAAAUGUUGAGAAACUUCUGAAGACACUUCAUGUCAACAUGGAAGACCUAAAUGUUCGAGCAAAUGACUUUAAAAUGGAGAUGAAUACGGGUAUAGCAUACUUGAGUAAGAAACCAAGAAGUGAGGUACAGUCGUGGCUCAAACGUGUGGAAAAGUUAAAUGAUGAAGUGAAUAUCUUAGAGAAUGAAAUCGGCAUUAGGGGAAAAUGGUUGAAAGGGGGUUUUCCUAAUUGCUAUUCACGUCAUAAGUUCGGAAAACAACUUGUGCAGAAGAUCAAAGACUUGACUGAGCUUCAAGGAAUGGGAGCAUUUCCAAAUGGCUUAUUCAUUAAUUUAUUGCCUGAUGCAGGAAGACUUAUGCCAACAACAGGGAUUAUAGGUGAAACAAUCCCAAGGAAGGUUCUACAUGAGAUUUGGCAAUGUCUGGUGGAUGCCAAUAUCAAUAAGAUAGGUGUCUAUGGUAUGGGUGGUGUUGGAAAGACAACUAUCAUGAUGCACAUUAAUAAUCUACUCCAUGAAUCUCAGAUGUUUGAUAAUGUUAUUUGGGUGACUGCAUCAAAAACCUUUGACUUGAGGAAAUUACAGAUUGACAUAGCAAAAGCAGUAAACUUGGACCUGGAAGUUGGAUUUGAAGACAGUAUGAUUAAAAGAUCAACCGUAUUAUUUGAGCAUCUACAGAGAAUGAAAAAAUUUACAUUAAUCAUAGACGAUUUAUGGAGUAAAUUCACCUUGGAAGAGGUGGGGAUCCCGCAACCGAAUAAAGAGAAUGGUUGUAAAUUAGUAUUCAUUACUCGACUACUGGAAGUAUGUCGGGGCAUGGAGACACACAAGGAAAUCAAAGUGGAUGUCCUCUCUGAGGCAGAAGCCCAGAAUUUGUUUGCUAAUAAAGCAGGAAUGGAUGAGUUUAAUUCAGAUGAAAUUGUUUCCACUGCAAAGCUAAUUGUUGAAGAAUGUGGCGGUUUGCCACUUGCAGUCGUCACUGUAGGACGAGCUAUGAGGAAAACCAAUGAUGUAAGAGUUUGGAAGAAUGCACUGGAAGAGCUGAAAAGCUCAAGGGCAGAAAUUGAAGGCAUGGAAGGCGAUGUUUUUGCACGCCUGAAAUUUAGCUAUAACCACUUGAAAAGUGACAGAGUCCGGGCUUGCUUUUUGUACUGUGCAUUGUAUCCUGAGAAUUACAAAAUUGAUGUUGAGGAGCUGGUCGAGUACUGGAUGGCAGAAGGUUUAAUAGAAGAAGUCUGGGAUAGGGAGCAUGAGAUCAACAAAGGCCAUGCAUUGCUUAAGGAACUCAAAGAUGCUUGCCUGCUGGAGGAUAUUGUAACAGGGUAUGUGAGAAUGCACAAUAUGGUGAGGGAUUUAGCAAUUAGAAUGGCGAGGGAUCGUCCUCGGUUCAUGAUCAAAGCUGGUGUUGGUUUGAAAAGAUUGCCAAGAACAUGGGUGGAAGAUGCAGAGAGGGUCUCCCUAAUGGCUAACAACAUUGCAGUUCUUCCAGAUCAUCCCAUUAGCAUGAAUUUAACAACUUUGCUCCUGCAACAGAACCCCUUCUUGAAGAGUAUCCCAGAUUUAUUCUUUCGGAGCAUGCAUAACCUUAGAGUACUUGACCUGUCCGGUUCUUCAAUUACGUCACUCCCAGAUACUCUUUCCAGUCUACAGAAUCUCCGUGCACUCCUGUUACGUCUUUGUGAGCUUCAAGAGUUACCAUCACUAGCAACACUGAAAGAGCUAAGGGUGUUGGACCUUUCAUAUACAUCAAUCCAAUGGUUACCACAUGGAAUUGAAAGCUUGGUAAAUCUCAGGCGACUUGAUCUUUCUUAUACUGAACAAUUAAGCAUGUUUCCUGCUAGGGUUAUCCCAAACCUGACGCGCCUAGAAAAUCUAUCAAUGUUUCAUAGCAAAUGGAGAUGGUCAUUGCCUCCGCAAGGAAAAGAGAGAGAAACAGAUUUUGCAGAAAUCACCAACUCCUCACAUCUAACUAAUCUUGGUCUUUCCUUCGAGAAUACACACAGCUUCAACCACUAUGUGAGAUCUGGACACUGGAGAGUUCUGAAAGGCUACCACCUUGGUAUAGGACUUUUAUCAGGCCUUUUACCUAUUUCUGAAGGAACUUGUAGUGUAGAAGUUCAAGGCUGUAACCUCAUUACCAAUGGAAGUUUACUCAAGCUCCCAGACAGCACUCAGGAGUUGGCAUUACAGGGCUGUCACGACAUUGAUAUUCUAUCCAAACUGACAAGCAUAUCAUACUUGAAGAAUCUGAAAGACUGUUACGUCUCCAGUUGUAACAGGUUAGAGUUCCUAAUAGUGGAAGAUAAAGACUAUUUUCCAAACCUGGAGAAAUUGACCCUCCGCAAGCUGCCUAACUUAAAGGCAAUUUGUAAUGGAACUGGGGCAGAUAGUGCAUUUUCAAAGCUAAAAGCCGUGCAUAUCCACAACUGUAACAAACUUAGAUACAUAUUUACAUCUGGGUUGUUACGGUGCCUCCAAAAUCUUGAAGAGCUUGAGGUGUGGAAUUGUCAUUCAGUUGAGGACAUAAUUGAAGUGGAGGAAACUAUUGGAGUAAAUGGUAACACAUUUCCUUCAAUAACGAUUCCAAGGCUACGUGUGCUGUACUUAUCCUAUUUACCUGAAUUGAAAUCCAUCUCUAAAGGGUUAUUAAUUUGCAAUUCAUUGGGUUGUAUUGAUUUAUGGGGCUGUGAGAAGCUAAAGAAACUGCCUUUCUCAAUGGACAAGUUGCCUUUCUCCGUCAAGCACCUCAAGGGAAGCAGAAAGUGGUGGGAAGAUUUGUACUGGGAUGAGCCUAGUUGUAAGAGUCUUUUACAACCCUUCUUUGAGGGAGAAAAAUGAAAAGAAACGCAUUAAAUAUGGACUAUGUAGCUGGCGCAGGGCAAGUCCUAUUGAUUGGUGAUUAAAAUUUAAUCUGACAUUGAACUGCCACUUGAUUAAUGGCUUCAUCAGCACGGUAUUCAACAUGUUCAACUUCAAGUUCAGGGAAUCGAGAAAACACUAGUUUUUCAUCUGGAAUUUUUGUACUGAUUCACAAGCCAUCACAAUUCACAUCUUCGGGAUUUUGAUGAAUUUUAAACUUUGCAAAAAGUUUCAUUCAAUGUUGACUUGAGGUUGAUUCAUGGAAAUUGCAGCAUUGUGAAUCUCUCAAAAUGCUGGAGUUCAGACUUCCAGGUGAGUCUGAGAUAGUGCCUGUGCCUCCAUAAGUAAACAGUUUGUUCAUUGGUGCCUGACCACCAAAAUUGUAGCUGACAUUUCUUGUUGGUAGAUAUUGGCUUGCUGCUUCACAAAGAGAGGAGACCUCACAGUAAUCUUGUUAGAUCGCACUCAUCUUGACCUUUUUAUCAAAAGCAAGAAGGGCAGUAGUGUACGAUUUUUA